AUGGAAGAAUACAUUCAUGGCCUCCCGGAAUAUCAAAACUUCCAAUACACCUUCACCUUCUCCACCCCUCUCGCUGUUAUUCCACUGAUCUACAUGACGCCAACCGUCGUCAUCAUGCUGAAAAUCUUCAAGUCAUGUCGGGCACCGAGUCAUUGGAACACUGCUCACUCGAUGAAUCAUCACAUCUAUGCGAUUAUUAUGUUAUAUUUUUUGUUCAACACCCUUUUCUUCAUCUCCGACUUCCUCCGCUUCUCCCUUCCAGCCACCGGUCUCCUCACAGCCUGGUGUGCCAAUAUCCAACCAAAUCACUUCUUCAAACUCAUCUUUUUCUGCACCUUCUAUUUCAACUACUGUAUUCUUAUCCUUCCAUUUCUUCUAUGUUUAAUAAGACUAGUGAUCCUGUUUUAUCCACGGGACCAUCCGAUGAUCUGCUCCAAAAUCAUGAUCAUCUCUCUGCCGAUCCUCUUCCUCAUCCCAUUCCUCUGCACCGCCUUCAUGAUUCCGGCACUGGGUUACUGUAGACAAAUGGGACCUCCGUUACAGUACGGCGCCACGUAUAUCUAUUACAGUGGCGGCUGGUUUGGUUGGCGUAAUUCCUACAUCCAUUUGGUAAUGUCAGUGGUUAUGUGCACAUUAACUAUAAUUUGUUCAGUUCUGAUGGUUUUUAAGCUAAGACAGUCCGUAUUUAACAACUCAUCCGCCCGAACUAAGCAACAAUCCCAAAGAGCUGAAACUUCACUAUCUAUAACUAUGAUAUCUUUUAUCAUACCGUUUAUUAAUAACACUAUUUUAACGAUAGUCUACCUAACCGUACUUAGCUGUGUCUACUAUCUGAUGAUAUUCCGCCCGUUUGGAAACGACUGUGAGACUGUUAUGAUGCCAUGGAUACUGUAUUUCACUCAUCCGAUGUUCCGGAAAAAACGGACUGUCAGUCAGUCAUCGGCGGUGUCAGCGAUAAGGGGGACGAGUUCGCCGAUUUUGGGGUGA